AGAAAGGCAGCGCGGAGGCGCGCGCUCUCUCAUCAUCACCAUCGUCUCCUCCAGCCUCCUCUUCCUCAUCACCUGCGAGGUCCGUCCGCAGCUGCACCGACAUGGCUUCCGAGUGUCCCCGGUGCGACAGGCCGGUGUACUUCGCUGAGAAAGUGUCGUCUCUCGGGAAGGACUGGCACAAGUUCUGCCUGAAAUGUGAGCGGUGCAGCAAGACCCUGAAUCCUGGGGGCCAUGCCGAGCACGACGGGAAGCCGUACUGCCACAAGCCGUGCUACGCCGCCCUCUUCGGACCUAAAGGGGUGAACAUCGGGGGGGCCGGCUCCUACGUCUACCACGCUCCUGCCAACGAGGCCCCGGCUGCAGUUUCCAUGGAAACCAAGGAGGAAGAGAAGCCAGCCCCCGCACGCGGCCCAGUGAAGGCUGCCAGCUUCUCCUCCUUCUCUGGAGGCCCCAACAUCUGCCCCCGCUGCAACAAGACCGUGUACUUCGCCGAGAAGGUGUCGUCUCUGGGGAAGAACUGGCACCGACCGUGUCUGCGCUGCGACAGGUGCGGCAAGACGCUGGCUGCUGGCAGCCACGCUGAGCAUGACGGACAGCCGUACUGUCACAAACCCUGCUACGCUUUUCUGUUCGGGCCCAAAGGUGUGAACACCGGCGGCGUGGGCAGCUACAUCUACGACGAGCCCGAAGCCCAGGACUGAACCGUCCUGGAGAUCUGCCUCCCGUCACCACGGCGACCGCAGCCCUGUUGCGUUGAUGUUUCCUCCACUUCUGCCUCCGAGCUCCAUGCUGCCAAAUAACCAGCUUUGUCUACGUUGACCUGCCGUUCAUUUCCUGUGGCAGUGAUAGUUCAUAACUUGAUUUGUAUUGACAGACAGUGAGAGCAACACUGAGGGUAAUGACUGUUGUAGUGAUGAACUAAGUCAUGCUUUGAUUAGGUUUAUUAUCUCUCAUGAAAUCUUGCUUUCUAUUAAUAAUCCGGUCGCACAGCCAGCAAGAUGUAUCAUCACAUUAUGACCACCUGCCUGGAACUCUUGCGCUGCCAAAACCGAGACUUCGCGUAGGACAAGCCACGUGGUCAUAAUGUUUUGGCUGACUGUUGCUCGCACCUGUGCUUCCUCUAGAGACUUAGUCAUGAAUGUGUGGCCGUCCUGCUGUACAGGACCGGUCAACAGAUAGGAGUCAUCUUCAGUGCUGAAGCUGGAUGAAAGCAAAUAAAUCUGCUGAGACA